AUGGUGAGCUGUAACCUGGGUCAAUCCACUCGCUCCAUCUAUCUUGCUCUGGCAUGUCUGUCCCUCGCACUCCAUCUCGUCAUAGCCUUUUUCUGCCUCUCAGUCCUCCAGAACGCUUGCGUCCCUCCCGCCUCCUCCUCCUCAUCUCCCUGCGUUCCAAGAGCAGACGCUGAGCGCCGUCAGUCUGUCUCCCACUCCUCCUCCUCUCCUGCUGCCUCUUCCUCAAAUAAACCGCCAGCGAGCCCCCGGAACGAGGAGCGGCGCGGACGACCUGCCAACACGUUGCAUCACAAAGAGAGAGGCUCGUUCAGUGAGGUCACCCAGAAGGCAAAGCGACCGGCUGAAGCGCAGAGGGUCAAAGGUCACUCUAGGCUGGAAGCGCUUUUCAAACAUCCGCUGUACAACUUGCCGCGUCCAGAGCCGCAAGAAGACGACUGGCUCCUGAGGGUGAAGAAAGACGAAGAGACAAGAGAUGAGGGAAGUGAGGAAGAGGAGGAGGAGAGGGGCCAGGACCAUGACGCCAGUAACAGUUACUGGAAGAGCACCAGCGAGGAAGAAGGCUAUGACAAAGUUUCUUGGACGAGCGACGUCGAAACCCACCCUCCGUGGCUGCGCUUCCACCUGGGCAUCUCUCGCUGGGAGCUGUACGACAGGAAGGAUCCCAACCUGGCCCAGCUGACUCACUAUUUGGCAACGCAGCGCAUCCUCAGUGCUGUCCAGAAGACAGGAGGAACCCAGCUGAAGCUGCUCAUGUCAUUCCCCAAUUAUGGACAAGCUCUGCUCAAACCUAUGAAACAAUCCAGGGAUGCUGAGACAGACGUCAACCUCUUCUACUUCUCAGACUUCGAGAGACACAACGCAGAGAUUUCUGCCUUCCACCUUGACAGAUUGUUGGGCUUCAACAGGAUCCCUCCAACGGUUGGUCGCCUCAUCAAUGUCACAACAGAGAUCAGAGAGAUCACCACUGACGACAGACUAUCCCGGACCUUUUUUACUUCCCCUGCUGGAAAUGUGUGUUUCUACGGCCAGUGUGAGUACUACUGUUCAACAGAGCACCCAGUGUGUGGUCGACCGCAUAUGUUGGAGGUUUCGCUGGCCACCAUGUUGCCGGAUCUCAGCCUCGCUCCUCGCAGGUCCUGGAGGUCACCGUGGAGGCGAUCCUACAGCCGCACCAAGCGGACGCAGUGGGAGAAAGAUCCGGCUUACUGUGACACAGUGAAGCAGACGCCUCCUUACAGCCACGGCACCAGGCUGGUGGACCUCAUAGACAUGGCUGUGCUGGACUUCCUCAUGAGCAACAUGGACAGACAUCACUACGAGACGUUUGAGAAGUUUGGGAAUGAGACGUUUCUGUUGCAUCUGGAUAACGGGCGAGCGUUUGGCCGGCACUCUCAGGAUGAACCAUCGAUACUAAUGCCUCUGAAACAAUGUUGCAGGAUUCGACGCUCCACCCUCCUACGCCUGCAACUCCUGUCCCUGCCUGACUUUCGUCUGAGUGAUGUGAUGCGGGAGUCUUUGGCUCAGGAUCCUCUGGCAGAUGUGGCCCCCCUCCUCUCUGAGCCACACCUCUCUGCUCUGGACCGGCGUCUCAAAAAAGUCCUGAAAGUGAUUGCCACCUGUCAGGACUCACACGCUGAUGUGAUUUACAACGACCUGGUGGGAAAUUAUGAAGAUUGA